GAGUAACAGUCAGCUAUGACUAGCUAGCAGAGUUUGUAAACGAGUGAAGCAGCAGCAGCAGCCACCGGCAAACUGUUAAUGCAUGACAAUAGGUCGCAAAACAUAUUUAGUUUGACAGUGUCAUUUCGAUACAAGCAAAAACUACACCAGCUGUGUGAAUUCAUUCAAAUGUGUUCUCCAUGUCUGCCAGAAAGGUAAGGAAACUGCUAGCUCCCUAGCAUGCUAGCAAAGUUGAGCUAACUUAGAACUGCAAUUCAUCAUGUAGCUCAGCCCACCCACAGCUCUGGGACUUUACCUGACAGUCAUGUAAAAACUGAGCUGAACUUUAUAUACUGUCACAACACGUACAGAUAACAUGUUUUUUGAUUGUAGUUUGUUAAAAGAGACAACUUCGGUUAAAAACAAAGUUGAUAAUGAGAAUCAGCUGCGAUUUCUAAACUUGUUGAUGUAAAACCUUAUUGUGAAAUAAUAAUUUAAACACGUUUUUCUAUUUUUACAGCGUAAAAGAUGCUCUAAGGAUAUUAAGUGUGUUUUCUUCCCGGAUGAUGUGAAUAAUCGUUUCUUAAAAGCUGACAGAGAGCCGUCUUCACGUUCAUGUGUGUCCUCUGCAAAAAGCUGGCAGAACUGUGGGGACAGUUUCCUGGAGUCUCCUCUGAUCAAGGUGGAGUAACAUUUAUGAGUUUCAUCAUUAUUGAUUAUUACUCUGGUGUUCAGACAUCGUCCAUGGUAUUAAUACUGUUGUCGUUGCCUUUGCAGAACCUCAAAUCAUCAGGAAGGAAACUAUCACAUAUAAGGCAGCUGACACAGUCCAAGUCUUUGGGUAAUUUAAUGUUCAGUUUACAGCAAGAGCUGUGAAAUAAUGUAUUCCAGGUAUCAAACCCUGGUUUGCACGAGCCUUACAACAGAUCAACCAAACCAGUGAAGAAUAUUAGUAAUCUUGAUUAUUUAUUACUUCCUGUCUGGCUAGCACACACUUGUAACCUUUUUUAAAUUGGAGUCAAAUCUAUUUGAGUGUAACAACCUCUGUAAUCAUGUCAUAAUAAGACAGACUGUAACCUCAAGAUAGAACAGAAUAAAAAUAUUUAUUUCAUGGCGCCUGGUACGACAUUUUGUUGUAAACAAAUUAAUGAGUUUCAGAUUAAGGCAGCAAACAUUUAUCAACAUACAGAGUUUCCUAGAUUGAUAAACUUAAACCACCUCCUGAAGUUUCAGUUUAGUUUGUCAGCGAGAUGAGUGAGGAUGUGUUUUAUCAAUAAAUACUGAAAUACUGCUCUGGUUAACAUACUGUACCUGACUCAUUUUAAUACCAUACUAAUGUCAGUGCCCUCUUUCCUGAAUUUCUGAGUUGUCAGGAGGUUUUCCUCAUGGUAAUGAUGUUGUUUAACCUGUCAACCGAAUUUUGGGGGGGCAGAGCCUCUCCAUUGCCGCCCCCACCCUCUGGAAUUCACUCCCCGAACCCAUCCGAGACUGUACAGACCCCCACACUUUUAAAUCACUCUUAAAAACACAUCAUUUUAAAUUGGCUUUUAACCUGUGAACUGUUCUUCUAUUGUUUUCUCAUAUUGUGUCUUUUUUAAUCUUUUACAUCAUUGGUUUUAUUUCUCAAAACUUUCUGUAUAUUAAAUUGUGUUUCUUAUUUUCUUUUCUUCUUUUUCUUUGUAAGGCAUCUUUGAGCACCUGUAAAAGCACAUUAUAAACAAAAUUUAUUAUCAUUAUUAUUAUUAUAAUUAUUAUUUUUUAAUCACCCUGUUCUAGUGAUCACUGUAUGAUAAUAUCUUCUCAUGUGCUCUGGUGUUUUCCCUAGUGCAGACCAGUGCUAUUCACCGUAAUGAAGAUGCAGUGAAUAUAGCAUGGAGCUCCAGUGACAGUGAGCAGCCUGAUGAUGAGACUCAAAAUCAGCAACAACGUCCUAAGAGACCAGCAAGACCCACAGCUCUGAGUCAGUAUCACACCAGAGAAAAAGGUAAAUUGAAUUUGCUGUAACCAGCCAAGCCCAGACAUGUAAAUAUUACUCUGAAGUAGUCCAGCUUAUUUUAAAGCAGAGGCUUUGUAAGUCUAGGAUCAUGAGAUUCAUACCCAGAUUAGUGUGAAAAUGUAUCAACCUCAACAUUUUGGCAAAUUCAUUGGUUUAAUUUCUUGGGGUGAAUCAGUUUAGACGGUACAUUUCCUGUCUUCAUGUGAACUAUAACGGAUGGACUGUUUCUAGUGGCUCAAUAAUUGCAGUUAGUCAUGAUCCAACCCUUUUCAACCAGUGUUGUCAUUGUCAUGUUGAGGUUGUCUAACAACCACACCUGAUCCUAACCAGGAGAGAGCUGCAUUUAAUUUCCAGUAAAACCAGAAAGACUUUUUUUAUUAUUAUGCAUAGAACAAACAAGAUUUAAAAGGCACUUUUUUUUAAAAGUUUUGGCACGUGAGUUGGCUGGUUGGGUCAUGUUCUUGCAGAGCCACUUAGUUUUCACCUGUUUGGUCAAUAGGCUAAACUAACUGGCUGCAGGGUGUGGCUUCAUAUUUACUUCACAGAUUAUGUUAAAAAGAAUCAUCUAACAUUUUCAAGAUUUUUCUCAGUUUCCUUGAGUUUACCCAAAACAAAGCUGCUCCGUACACCGAGUCCCAGGGAAAGCAAACUAUUAGUAAACUUACUUGUGAUGUUUUCUUUAUCAAAACAAUUUCUUGUCUUUUCAUUUCGUCAGAUGAUCUUCCUGUGAUUGACACAGACAGUGAUCUGGAUGAGUCUGAGGAGGAUGCUGAAAAAGACUGUGGUCAACAAAUCUCUGACUGUGAGUCAGAUGAUGAAAAACCAGAAACUUUACCUCAGAAUUCUCCUGAAAAUGUGAGUAAACUUCAUCUGAUAGUUUCUGGUGCUUCAAAACGGCCUGAGUACUCAUGUCAAGUUUUCAUGGCUCUCAAAGCCUCAGUGACAACAACAACAAAACCCUAUAGCACUUGUAGUCUAUAAACAGUAUCUACACAGUUUUUGACGCGGUUGAAUUAAUUAAAAACUCAAACACAUCAUGUUUCUAUUGCAACAAGUAGACUUAAAUCAAUUUGUGGACUUCAUUAAUUACUGUGAGUUUAACAGUUUGUCCUGGGAACACAGCUGCAAAGUUGGCAAGUGGACAAGAACAGUGAGAUCCUAGUAUUUCAGGCCUGUUUAUUACCGGGCUAUUUUUUAAAGCCUGCCAUAUGCUUGAACGAACACUAGAUGGGGCUACACAACCUUUUACACCCUGAAUAGCUAAUUGAGCUCUCAAGAUGUUUUUAAUUAAGUGUGUUUAGUUGACUGUCAGUUUAUGCAGAUUCUCCAGAAGUAGUGACUCAAGUGUUUGUACUUUUCCUCGAGUCCGGUGUACAAUACCAGGUGAAACUCUGUACACUGUGUUCAUCAAAUCUGAUGAGCUUUAGUAUUAGGUGAUGACAUUUCAUUAAUGAGCAUGUGUUUGCAUGACAUAAUUAAUGAUUUUACUGUUUUAUAUUAAAUGUUACCCUCAGUUAUAAGCAAGUGAUUUGGAUUUAAUUUGGGUCUUCAGCCUUCAUACCAGCAGGGGGAGCACUGCAAGUCUUCCUCCCAUGUCCUGAAAGGGCCUCACAGGCUCAAACUAGCACUGUACUGUGCACUCAUGUUCCAAACAGUCAAAGUUCACAAGCUGAGGUAGCAAUAAAACACUGAGUGAAUGUGCUGCCAAUUAUUCACCGAUCCAAAGUACUUUUUAAACAGUUUGUAAUGUGGGAGUAUGAAGUUUAACGUCUCCUUUUAUCCUCUAAAACCUGGAUUUGUAAAGAUUUAAAUAGCUCUCAGUCGAGUAAUUAAUGGGAAUGAAAACAUAGCGGAGCUGCAGCACAGUUUACAAGGACAGAAAUAAGAUAUGACUUUCUAUAGAAUUAUUUUUCAAGUCAAAAUGUCAAAUAUUUAACAGUUCCAGGAUCUUACAUGUAAAAAAUUGCUGCUGCCUUUUUGCUGAAUUCCAGUAAAUUGUUUUAUUUAUUUAAUUAUUUUUUUGAGGUUUUAACUGUUUGCAAGACUUUUAUUCACAGCAGCUCAGGCUCUUGGGCUGAAUGUUCACCAAGACUGUAAAUAAGAUUAGUUACAUCUAGAUUCAUAGCUAAUUUUAUCUUUUGUCUAAAAAAAAAAAAAAAAAAAAAACUCUAAGACUUUCAGUACAAAGAGAUACAACACACAGAAAAUCAGUAGAGCUCUGUACCUGAGAGGCUUUUAAAAGCUAUUUCCACCUUUACAUGACAAGUUUCUUCAGUGAUAGUAUCUUUACCCAGCUGUUAAUGAUGGUGUUUUGCACAAUUGACUUGCCGAUGUGUCAGUGAAUCCAUGCAGCUCAUGACGACCCCUCAAAUCUUGAGAUCAGCGACUCGAUACAUGACGUAAAUACUGCCCAAACUCUCUGGAAUAAGAUGCAUUCACUGCGGAUGACUCGAACGCAUUCAGUUCAACAAAUGUAUUUGUUUUAGCUUCAGUCUUUCUCCUUCGGGCCCUGCUGUACCCUGAAUAGACUUUGAUUGCAGUUCUCCCUUCUGAGAAGCGGUUCAGGAUCAGUGUUUGUUAAAGGCAGGGCUGGCACGGAGAGAAUGUACAAGGAGUGGUGGGGAAGGUGUAACGCUCAGGUUCAAGACCUCAAGUCGUGUUUUUAGCUUUUAGUAGACAUAGCCAACUUACUGGAAUGAGGCUCUUUUCUAGACAGGACAACUUUGGUUCAUGGCAGUGAUGAUCUGGAUCAUCCUGAUACCGUAUUAGACUUAGCAGCACAUGUUAAGUCGUGUUAUCAUAUAAAGCAUGGAACAAACUGAAGUAACCAAUGACUUCUUCUUGCAAGUUUGCAGGUUGUAUGUGGAGAGGAAGCCCGUUGACAGAUUAGCAUCAGUCCCGCAGACCCAGCUACUUCCUCUUGUCACACUUUAAUUUGCUGCUAUCAGCGCUCUGGGGUCAAAGAUCACCUAACAGCAAGCUUGUGGUCAGGGGCCGGCUCGAGCGAAACUCUUUUAGGGGUCCUAGUUUUCUGAUAUGGUUGCGUGAAAAUGAACAUGUGGUAUUUUGACAGUUUGUUUUCUCGCCACUCAGUAAUUGCAGUGAUGGAAACAGCAAUCAAAUGCCGUAGAACAUGAUAUUUUUGAAUUCAUUUACAGUUUUGAUUAAAUUAGAGCUGCAGAUUAUAACAGCCCAGUUUCUUUGCUGCCUGGAAAACAUUCUUACUGACUGCCAGUUUUAAAUCAAACCGGAUUUGACAGGAUACAGAGGGAGAGAUCGCAGUCCAAGUUGAAGUUUACUACUCCAGAUAAAUGUACGGCUGACUCAUUUGAUGUAUUUCUGCCAGAUCUCUGUAUUAUUGUACCAGUGCUAAAAGUGGACAGGCGGAGCCGCGAGGGCCACUUUUAAUUUUAAAAGCCAAAGAGGAUGGUCUCUGAGCAGAUGAAGCCCGCGAACAUUGAGGGUCAACAACCUCCCCCUCCCACCACAUCACAUCUGUAGCUAGAUCAGGGCCGUGUCAACACAGCAGGCUAUAAACAUCGUUUUACUACUGUUUGCUCAGGAAAACAUGCAAGUGGAUGAGGCUGCACAAGGCUGUGUGUACUUACAAUGCUUUCAGUGCAGGGUGAAAACAUUUUUGAGUGGCGGCCAGGAACAUAGUGUUCCUUAUUCUCUGUAGCUGGUUAGAGUGUGACGUCUGCUGGCAGCGCGCCUACCAGGGUCAAGUUGAAUCAAAUAAGAACGCACGUUAGCUGACAGAGCUUGGUAUGUUGGUCAUGUCUGCACAUGACAGGAACUCAGGUUUCUUGUGGAUUUUUCCAUGAGAGCCGAUUCCCUCAGGUGAAGUGAGCAGUGAGACAGCAAAAAGGAUUGUUAUAUUACUAUUUUAUGUAAAUCAAUCAGCCUGACAGGAAGUCAGUGCACACAUCAGCUCUCCAUAUUAAAGAGUUUAUUUGAUUUAAUCUUUAAUGAGUCGUUAUUAAUUCACAGAAGGCCAAUUGAGAAUCCUUAUUUACCCUGAAGCGAAGCAGUGUGUUAUCCGUAACUGAACCCUAAGGAGUGAAGUGUUUCCAAAACUGGGUCAAAUAAUUAUUUUUGUUAUCUUAAGUAUAAUCCCUCUGUCCUCAGGUGAAAGAGCAGGAGAUCUCAGACUACAUGUCUGAUGGCGAGACCGUCACCUGCACAGCAAAUUCCAGCAGGCUGGACUGUGAGAGCUUUCUUCUCCAAAGCGGUGAAAGCAGCAGAAGGUCCGUCAGUGACUGGGUUAGAUCUGCUCAGGUGAUGCUGCAGACGCCUAAGAAACCACUUGAGAGGCAAUCCAAGACUCCCGAGGACUCCGCCAAAAAGAAAAGGAAAUUUCAAAGGUUUGCAAAACCGUGUUGAUGUUAUGAUGCACAAAAAAUACCUUCUUUCUUACAGUGUAAACAGUCUAUUUUAAUAAAACAUGACUUAAGCUGUUUCGUGGGCUAGAAGGAGCUGUUACCCACCUCACUUUGCUGCAUACAUUUGAAAUAUUGCCCCACAAAAAGAGCCAACAAAGCAACACAAUAGACAUCACACUUACAGGUGACAGACAGACUUUGGCAGCAAUGUUUCCACGACAACAAGGAUGAUAAAAGGGACACCUGGUGUCAUGAUAAGGGUGCUAAAUGUCAUUGCCAUCUCCAAGACCCCCAAACCUGACAGAUACCUAUCUGUCUUCUUUGACACCUCGAUUGUUCUGCAUCAGAUAAUCUUCUUUUUAAAAUAAAAAACAAACAAACAUAUGCUUCAAUUUGAGUCGUGAGAGUUGCCAAGAACAAUCAUCUGUUGUUCCUCUUAUGUUUGUUUGUUUGUUUGUGUGUUUGUUGCACAGCGGAGGUCUCGCUGAGAGGCUGAAUCGACUCCAGAGCAGACAGAGGUCAGCCGUUAGCUUCUGGCGGCACCAGUCCAUCUCUGAAACUUCAACAGCAACAGGUGAUCCUUACAAAAAAAACAAUAAUUGAUCCAUAAUUACUCAUGUUCAAUGAGAAGCUUUGAUUUGUGCGAGAGCGGGAGACGUUAUUCAUAUAUAUAUAUUUAAUGUUGUCUGUGACUGCAUUGAGAGACCAUGCAGAGGAAGUGCUGGCUGGAGGUUGAUCACUGUGCCCCUGAACUGUGAACUUAGUAUGUAGGUGACAGGAAACUGCUUGCCUAGGUCUUUCUUUCCAUUCCGUGGUAGACCAAACCACUCCUGUUCUCUGGUUAAGUAUCUCUUCAUAAUAGGACCCAAACAGUGGCUUCAAAGUGACAGUUACUGGUGGAAAAAGAAAAGAAACUACCUGAUGUUAGUUUAGAGUUUGCAGUCAGUCGAGAGUUGAACAGAGGACAAGCAUUGGAGAUAUACUCCAAUAUCGUUUCUUAAGUUUCGUUAAUAUUAUAGUGUUAUUGAUUGAUAUAUUGGAUUCGGUUUAUUUUUACAGCAAAAGUUACAUCAUUUUAUGUUCCCAAACGCCUGCACAAAUUGUUAAGAAUCACAACUCUGUUGCCACACACCUGUUUAUCUCUGUCGUAGUAAUUUUGGCGUGUGAUGUAAGUGCACUUGUACUCGCACUCGCACGUGUAGGAGGCCCUAAAUUGUUUCCUGACUUAAAGCUCCACCUGAAACUUAUCAGAUCAUUAUAGGUCAGAAGGAGGACUCUAGCUCAAUCUUCAAGUCGGCUUGUGGUUACUCUGAUGGUUUUGUGAUCUGUGACGUAAAUGCUCGGAGCACAAACAAUCACUUUCAUGUUCGGGCAAAUUCAUGUUAAAACUCUUCAGCUCUCAAUCCAUUCUUAGGAGGAGAAUUUUUAUUAUUUAUUAAGCCCUCCCCUCUGGCCACUUCAAGAGAUCGCUAACACUGAACUACACAUGUGUGCUUUUCACAAUUCAGGGCAAUCAACCUUACAUAAAAAUGAACACGCAGCCAAGUUUCUCUGAUUAUCUGGGAUUUGAUUUAUAGCUUCAGGACAUUGUCUUGAUUUGCUCUCAGUAAUUAUCUCUGGUGACUUUAUUGUUCGGGCCAAAAGCACAGUCAGCACCGUGGUGAAAUUCCAAACAUUUGCACACUCACCCUGUGGGAUUCACUGCAUCUCAUGUCCAACUUAGCCUGAGUCAGAAAAGCCUUUACAGUUACACAGUGCAAAUUGUACUGAUUCUCAAACUGAACUGCUCAUAUAAUACAUAAUGAGUCCCACAGAGAGCUGGAGUCCGUGAGAGCAUCAGUACAAUCUGCGCACGCACACACACACACACACACACACACACACAGAAUGAAACGGACAAACACUCAACAUCUGUGUUGUUGUUUUUGCUUCGCUCCCCAGUGGACAGGCCUGGCAAACUGGUGCUGGAGGUGCUGGAGGUUCAGGAGGAGUGCAGCAUGCAACUGGCCCUCUGUGAGCACCAGCGGCCCCCUGGAGAGGGCCACCAGCACAGUGACCCCCUCUCUGAGGAGAGCGCUCGUGUGCUGGUGCUGUUUAACAGAGAGACUGCAGCCCAGCUGAUUCCUGCACCCAGAGAUAUCAUCCACAUAUACCCACCAUGGUGAGACCACGCAACACAGUACAUGUGUUUCUCCAUUGUGUCUUCAUCUGGAUGUUUUUCCCUCGCUGUGCACAAUCUUGUGUGCAUGAUUUGACAUAGUUUUUACACUCACACACUGAACAUACAAACAUCUAAAAUGCACACAAAAAAGAAAUGGACCUGAAUGUGUCAUGCAGGUCAUGAUGAUUGCAGCAACACUCAACAUAUCAGGCACUAUAGUUGAAGAGUUACAGUGUGUAUCUGCAGGAAACUUCAACUUUAAUACAUGAGAGAGUUCUUGUGCAAUUAAGAGGAUUUGGGAGCUUCAAUAAGAAUUUGGUCUGCAGCUGAUGAGAAAUAUUGAGCAUUCAUAAAUUGACAGAUCAUGUUUUUGAUUAUCUUGUAGGAGUCUGAAGUGUGUGAAAGUAUUUCAAAGCCAAACAUGAGAUCCUCAGGUUUUUAAUACAUCUAAUAAUAACCCCAGUUUAUGAUACCCUUCAUGUCUGAGGUAGGACAGUUAUAGCUCUCUGCCAAUUGACCAAUAUCUAAGUUUCACUUGACUACAUAUUACCUGUCUAAAAUAGCAUUGACCAAAAAAAAGCAAAGUGACAUCUUUACUUGCAUUUCUCUGUUUUGAAUUAUGAACGCAAAUCAUAUUUCCUCGGGCGAUCAAAAAAUACACCUAAAAGAUUCACAGGCACUUGCACAACACGACUGGCUCGUUUACAGCGGCACAAAAAAGCAUCAGGCUCUGAAGAGUCAAUGCCAAAGAGGAGGAUUAAUAGACAAAAUACAACAAUUGGAAAUAUACAUUAAAUGAAAACCUCUUUAUUGCCUAAAGUUUGUGUGUCUCGUUUAAAUCCUGAUUAAAUGAAAAUAUUUUCAUUUGAAGUAUAAAAAUGUUCUCAGCGCACAAUUGUUAACAGCAAAGACCCAGAUGUGAGACACACAUACAGGGCUGAGAGGACAUGAGGUGGGAGGUGUGUGUGUGUGUGUGCGCCUCUAUGUGUGUGUGUGUUUUCGGGAUUGUUUUGGAGCUGGAGCGAGGCAGCAGUUGACUCCAGCUGUUGGGAGUUUGGGUUGAGUGUGCUCUGGAAUAUCCAAGCUGGCGGAAGAGCAGGGGCCUCCUCAGCGCUCCGACGUCACGAACAGCUCCAGGGAAUGCUUCACAUUCCUCUUCCUGGCAGUAGUUAGGUCAUUUCCAGCAAGCUGGGGGAAAAAACAGAGCAAGAUUAUUUUCUGGAGCAUUUGGGAGCGGAGAGAGGAGGGAGCCAAAGGGCUGAGAUUGAAAACACAUGGCGGUUUGAGAGUAUCUCUGGCUUUAGCACCUCUCUUUCCCUGCUGUAUUGUUUUCCUGAAAUCACAAAAUAGAGUUGAGCUCUCAGCAAACACACCCGUUUAUUCUUUCAAAGAAUAAUGUUUCAUCUGCACAGACAUCUUAAGAUUCUCUCUUUGUUUGAAUUACAGGCAGAAUUUGCUCGACAAUUUAAAAUCAAUUCAAUUAUGAUACAAUAAAAGCCCUUAAAUCUGAAAAGAGAGUCAUGAAGGUUUAAUGGACCCUAAACAGUCAUUCAUUAACUCAACUUGGACACCUAUAAAACAGCUCAUAGCAGAAAAACCUGGAAAUUCAGAGCAUGAUUCUGGUAAAAUUCCUCUUGUCAGUUUCCGGUGUGACACUCAAAGAGUUAACCUCCCCCAUAAUUCCUCUAGUGAGUAGGUCGGCUCCUCCCACCUCCCACGCCUCAUUGUGAGUGGGCCGAGGCCUGAGCGGAAAUACCUGCAGGGAUUAUUCACAGAGGAGCUGUGACGCCAGCAGCCCGGCCACUCCUUACCCUGGCUACCUGUCUGAUGAUGACAGCGGCCCACUCACCUGUUCACAAUGGGGUCAUAACUUCCUGUUCGGCAACUGUACCUGUUCUUAUGAACGCUAUGUUCUGCUUGACUGACAGAACAGUAACGUUCAUUGAUUACUGAUCUUGGCUUAGAUCUGUCACUGAUUUGAAACUGCCGUCUAGAUUAAUCAUAACAGGAGUGCUGAGUUUCCGGCAGGAGUAUUCAUUGUUUACAUUUUCAGCAUUUACUGAAGGUCUUAAACUGAAUACUACUAAUCCUAACUGAAUUGAUGCUCUAUUACAUUCCUUGGUUAAAGGUAUUCAGCAAAACCACAGUGUAACCCACUUAAAAGCAUAAAUAGAGUAUUUGAUUCAAAAAUAAUAGAAAGUGUAAGUACUCCUGCAGUGCUGGAUUUAGAGUUAGGCCUUCAUGUUCAUCUGCAUGUGUCAAAAAAUGUAUAAUAUUGUUAUGAAGUUAAGUGAAAAAAAAAGACUUAUGAUGAUAAAUGUCAUUUAUUUAUAUCAAUGCUACAACAUUUUUACUAUAGGUAUAGAUUUUAUUUACUAUCUCAUUUUGUUUAGGCUGAAAUAGUAUGUUGCUUCAUGAUUUUUGAAAAAUGUUUGAUUUUUCAAAACUGAAGAUGUAAUGUCAUUAUAAAUCACACUUUCUUAGGCAGAAGGUACCAUUAUUUAAUCCAACAUUUUGCGCCGUCACAGAAUAAAGCAGAACAAAAUAGACAUACCAAAGAAACAGACCUUUAAAAUUGCAUAUAAGUAUAAUCCUAAAAAAAAAUGCUGAUCAAACUCCCUGCCUGCUGACUGUAAUAUUAUUUAAAUAUCAAAAUUUCAUAAUCUGUAAUUAAACAUAAAAAAAUAGUUAAAACUCAAUCUGACUGGAAUUUGCAGAGAGAAAAAGGCCCUUUUAAAGUGUUUCUAGCAGACUUAAGUAUCUACUGUACUCAUUAAGUGUCUGGGAUUAUUUACUGUCACAACACCAGCGAAUUUAGUUUAGCACACUACAGCCUGAUAACUCAAAAAGAACAGCCUUCUAAAGGACACCGAACUUCAUAAAUGUGACAAAGGUUGUUUAAGGUUCCAAGGAAUAACAAUACUUAAGUAUAAUCCUAAAAAUCCUGAAAGAGAUUUGCUGAUUUAACUCCCUCCCUGCUGACUAUAAUAUUGUUUAAAUAUAGAAAUGUCAUAAUCUGUAAUUAAACUUAAAAAAAUUGUGUUAAAAAAUCAAUCUGACUGGAAUUUACAGCGAGAAAAAAGCCCUUUUAAGUGUUUCUUGCUGACUUAAGUAUCUACUGUACUCGUUAAGUGUCUGGGAUUAUUUACUGUCACAACACCAGCGAAUUCAUCCUCAGGUGAUUGACUGGGUGAGUCAUCCAAGCGUCUGCACCAGCAUGGCAAAGCAAACUGUGCCAGGAACUGUAUGUACAAUCGAGCACAUCCAAGGACAAUCACCCUGGCCUGCAAUAAAAACUGUCUUUAUGAGGAAAACACAGCAGUUUAUCUGGCAGUGUUGAUGUUACUCUUCUAAGGGUGUAGUUUUAACAGCUGUGUCCCAUUUCGCUGAUCCUCUUCGAGGGGUGUACUCUUUAAAGUAUCUAUCAAUAAUGAUUAAUAAUUAAUGAUGUCCUUGUUUGAUCUUUGAGACACAGUGUUUGCAGGAGCCAAUUUAAAUCAAUAAAGAUAAACGUGUCAGUUUAACAGACUACAGUCUGAUAACUCAAAAAGAACAGCCUCAAAAAGGAUGCAAGUAUUAAACACCUCAACACUAAACUUCAUGAAUGUGACAAAGGUUGUUUAAGGUUCCUAAGGAAUAACAGCACUAGAAUUUGCAUAUUAAAAAGUUUAUUUCUUCCUGUUUUCAUUGCAUUAUUUUUUUCCCACUGGACCUGUGUGGUUGAUUUUUUUUGGCUGAACUUACACCUGAGGUCUGUGACGAGCUGGGACACGCAUGGCAGUUCCAGUCAGAGAGCUCUUGGCUCUGAGUCAGUGAUGAUAAGCAAUCAUGACACUAUUAUCCGUGCCACUUGUCGAGGCUAUGAAGUCGUAACUCAAACUUACCACAAGCGAGCGCCCUUAUAAUUACCUGGGUAUCAUUUAGGUUAUACUGUUCUCAGGCUCCUUUCCAUGGAGGUGUGAGUCAUCCACCUCGAAGUGGAAACAAAACUUUUAAACUUGCACCACUCAAGUGUCAGCGGGCGGUGUUACUGUUAUCAGAAAGACAAGUGACUGGUUUUCUUUAGGGGCAGGAAGCAACUGGAAGUAUAAAUCACAGUUUUACCAUAAUAGGGCUUAUCUUAGGGCAAUCUUUUGAUCCACCAUAAAAAAUCAGCUUGUAACAAAAAACUGUCGGAAAAUAAAUUCUGAUUCCUCAAAUUUUCUGGCCAAUAUUAUACAAGAUGAUAUCUGUCGAUUAAAGUGGCUUUGAAUGAUAAACAAUGACACAGUUCAGCUAUUGGAAUAUCAGAAUAAAUGUUAAUAUGGUUUUCACUUUCUGUUAGAUAUACUAGAUGAUUGAUCGCUGCUUUGUGACAUUUAUCUUUUUAGAAAACCACUUGAAACUAGAGAUUCUGAUCCUGCUGCUAUGAUGAGGACAGAUUCAACCAAACCCUCAGUAUUGAGGCGUAUUGCUGGGGAAAAAUACAACUCAGUGUUGCCCUAAGCCAUCUACCCUUAAAGGAUUUUAUCCCAGUUUAAUUCUCCUUCGUAUUUUAGUAGUAGUAGUAGUAGUAGUAGUAGUUUAUUCAGUCAUGACAACACCAAAUAUUGUACACAAUAUUGACAUUUCACACAAAAUCACUAGAUCAAUAAUCAUGUUUUGAAUAUUGACUGAAAAGGCAUAGGCAGAAGCAGACUGCGUAUAAAAGCUUAUCCUGUGUUGUCAACUUUUUUAGGCUACUGACCUCCAGAAAAGCAAAGAAACCACAACAACAGAUAAUUAAUCACACUUACAAGCUUCAAAAAUAUCUUAACAAAUCAUUUUCUUAAAAAACAAAAAAGAAUGAUUUAUGUUGGCAUCAUUCCAGAAUUUAACUCCAGUAAUGGAGACACCCCCCCUUACAUACCUUUUUUAACUUUUUGAACAGUAAAUUUGCAAGAACCUCUGAGAUUAUACGGACUGUCCUGAAUUGAAAAGAACCUCUGUAUUGAGUCAGGGAGCAUUUUUGACUUUGCUCUAAACAUUUUUUGCAUUAUUUUAUAAUAAAACAGAUCAUAAAAUUUCAUAACAUGAAUAUUUAGAUAUAGUGGCUCCGUGUGAUCAUAGUAAUCAGUCUUAUUGAUAAUACGUAUAGCUCGUUUUUGCAGUUUUAUUAUUGAAUUUAUAGUGGUUUUACCUCCUUAGUCAACAGAGCUAUUUAAAUUUUUUACAUUGGGUUGUCUGGGAUUGUUUGACCUUCAACUGUUUUUACUACUUCCAAACCGAGCCAUCAUUUCAGGUGAAAAUGAUGCCGCAGAGAAGGUUUAAAUCCUCUAUACCCGCUUCGUUGUGCAAUUCCGUAUGUUUUAUAGUGAUCUUAAACUUUUCUUGACACUUUAAUGGCUCAAAUUACUUGAACAGAUAUUGCGGCGAAGUUUAGCAUCUCCCUCUUGGCAAAAACAUACGCGUGACAUCUCAUCUGAUACAGUAACGGAAAAAUUAAACGCUGGUACGAGGUUACUUCAGGACACAAAUAUUCAGUCUCUUCCUUUUACUCAGUGUUUUUUUGUCAGCGAACACUCGGCCUGUUUGAUUGAGCCAGGUGUGAUUUUUUUUUUUCCACGCAUGAUGUCACAUUUGGAAAGUGUUUUAAUUUGACUGUGUAGAGCUGUGUGGUCUACACUUUGGAGACUACUACAUGGAAAGUGUGUCUUUACCGAGGUUUUAAAAAAAUGCAUCCGUUGUGUACUUUGUCUCACCUCAAAGAAAGUCAACAUAUAAGAACUUUUACUCCACGCCGAGUGGUACCGAGUGAGCAAACCUGUGGAGGUGUUUGGUACCUUAUCUUAGUUUGACAUUCAAACUGUCUCGAAUUCUCGCCCCCUUACGUUUGUGCAAUAAUCUUUGCCUUUUAGUCUUCUGUAAAUCCUAAAGUUCUCGCUUUUAAUUGCAAAACAAAUGUUUCUCAUUGCUCAACAAGCAUUUUGAGUUAGGGGUCAAUUUGUGUUUAAUUUCAUAAAGAACUCGAAGUCCUUAUCUCAUUUGUUUGCAUCACGCAUUAAGAAAAUGUUGAGUUUUUAGAAAUAGCACUGGAGCCACCACUUCAACGGUGCAUGAACUUUGUGUCAUUGCAGGCAAAGUCUUUCCACAGAGGGAUUCAGCUGUGAUAUUAUUCUAAACACGUACUUCAGCCAGAAAGUCUACUCUGCGUCCAAACUGGCUGUCACAUCCACUCCUGGAGGCGUACUAUCAGCAGGAAGGUGUCGGCCAUAUUCUCUGUGUAAAACAUUUGGACUGCUGGAGGUGGGCGGGUUGACAGAGGAGAGCAGUGCCGCACAGGUAAAAUAAUGUUUUACAUAUUUUCAGUCCUGCGUUAAUUGACAGAUAAAUUGAAUCAGCCCGAGUGUGAACAGUGCGGAUGUUGUGUGCAGAGAAUUUUGGCCACUGACCAUAAAGCUUUUGCCAAUUUUUAUUGUUUGUGUGCAAAACCCAGGAUGGAAUUAUCACAUUAGGAGGCUUGUAUCAAUAUCCAUCAUUUAUGCAACACAAAUGUAUAACUCACAAAACAGUCUGCAUGGAUUUAUAAUGAAACACAUGUGCAGUUGUGUCAACAUCACAUCUCUCCACAGGGUUCAUUACUUUCUAUUCUCAAUAUUUUUGAAGAAAGAAUGACAAAUAGUCUCGCUGAAGUAUCCAGUCCAGUCGGUUAAGUUUUGUUUAGUUCAGUGUCUGUCGAAGGAAUAUGAUAUCUCUGUGGUUGCUUUAAAUCUAUGCUUGAUUUCCUAAAUUUGAGGCUCUAUUUGCUUUAAGCAAAUACAAAAGAAUUAGCCAAGCACACUGAAACAGGGACUACAGCUAAUUUUAAAGCAGAUCAAUUUUCAAGUUGAAAUCAAUCUACUGGACUACAGGCUUUUUAGUCUGUGUUUCGGUUAUUUUUAUGGGUCAUUAUUACUUUCACUUCAUAUAUCUAAUUUUGUUCAAAGGUAAAUUAUUCCCGUCAUUUUUUUUUCUCAAAUGGUUAUUUAAAAUGGAAAAACAAAACCACAGAUGUUUGUAUCUGCUGAAUAUUAGAUUAGAUUAGAUUAGAUAUUCCUUUAUUUAUCCCUCAGUGGGGAAAUUAAAAUUAUUCUUGUAUUUAAAUGAUGAUUAUAAACAGUAAAUCACUUUAUAAAACGCUUGUAGUUGAGUUAUCUUCCGAUCUUAUCAUCUUUCUGCUGGAAUUGCAUUUACACUGUCUCAUUUUCCUCUCCCUGUUCCUCUUCAGGUUGAUACUUUUGGGAGUUCAGGGGUCUUGACGAGACACUGCCCCUCCCUCCUUGAAGCUAUUGAGGCUCUUGGCCAGGCCGGCUCUGUGGGGCAGGAUGUGGAGGUAGUGGUCCAGAGAGUUUACUCUGUCCCUGUACCUGAAUCCUCCUCUGUGUCUAUCCUGAAGUCCAAAGGUCCCUUCAGGUCAUCCUCAGCUGCUCCCUCUGCAGAAAAAGGCAGAACAAGGUACUGUAGCUCCAGCUGAUAAAGGCCUACAGUUUUUCAUUUGUUGCCAGCGGAGACCAGAGGGGGUCUCAUUUAAUCUUCACUUUAUGCUUCUCUCCCACAGUAUGAGUUGCUCUUUUUGUGAAAAUUGCAUGCUGGUCUGAGGCCUUGCAUGUUUCCCUCUGGUGGUACAAUGUGUCUCAGUGGUCGAGCUAUUGUUCACAGCACAGCAGGCCCCACAAAGUGCUCAUACUGUCUCCAGCCAUAUGGCAUUGUUUGACAAAGGACACAAACAUUUCUAAUUGAAUCCAGCCCCUCAGUGUGCGAUUCUGGCCAAUUCUCUGUAAAGACAACAUGAGGUUUGCAGUAUGUCGUGCUCCAGCAGCCCGGGGUUGAAUUAGUGCCCACUCACACUCUGCUGGGUGGGACAGGUUUGCUGCAGCUUUCAUUACCUCCAUGCUCUCAAGGAAACCAACAGUGUAUUCAGUGAGGCAGCAUGAAUCUGAAGCCUGAUUGUCUGAAUUUUACAGAAUAAUUGCAGUCAUAUUAAAGAGGUUUAGAGUUGUUUUAGUUUUAAUUUAUUAAUCUUAAAAAGAGACCUGGGCGUUGUAUUGUAAUGAAUAAUGAAUAGUAAUAUCUGGUCCCAGCUUUCGACAGAUAUGAAUUUUGGCCUUGAUUUAUUAUAUUAAUUGUUAAAUAAUUGCUCUGUCUCUUUUGGUCAAGUUACUUUAUUUGUUCCUGUUAGUUCAGUAGAUUUGGUCUACAGAGUGAGUCUGGCUCCUUUCUGUUGGUUGCAAAUCAAAAUAUUAAUUUUGCAAUCGUUUCAUCCUUUGUAGACAAAAAAAAAAAAAACAACGAAACAUGGAAUAUAUUGACCACUAGGGCUGGGCAAUAAACCGAAAAAUUUACCAAUACCAAAAUUUACCACAAUAACAGACGUCAUUUUUCCCACACCGGUAUAUUCGGUGUCAAAAAAAUAAACAAAUCAAAGUUGGUUUUGGAUGUGUGUAGGUAGGCUAUGGUCUCAUGUCCCUUUAAGACGCUGUCCUAUGUCGGAGGCAUGACUCCACCCCAUCCAGUCCAUAACAAAGAGGGAAAGACAACUGAGGAGAUGUAGGAUGGUUAUCGUUAUCAAGAUGAACUUCUUAAUAUAACGUGAUAUUGAUUUGAGGCCGUAUUGCCCAGCCCUAGUGACCACUUUCCUGUUAUUUUAAAGAGAAAUCUAAAUUCUGACAUUAAGACUUUUUUAAGAUAAGAAAACAGUCAAAACUGAACACCUUUAAUUUAACAUGGCUUAAUACUAGAUCAUAGAGUCUGUGUACAACUAAAUCUGGAGUACUGCAGAGCGUUGAUGUGCUGUGAUACACCAUCAUGCACCUGUGCUUGUUUACAUUCAGGUAGUAGAGCGCUGGAACAUAGUGACUGUAGAACAUUAUGGAGCAUUUUGGGUCUACACUAACUAACGGGUAACUUUCAUUUCUAUCUUUACACUUUAAUGGACAUGAAACAUCAGUUUGAUUCAUGUUUUACCCUUAGUACUCACUCCCCUUCACCACCUAUUUUGGUUUCUGUCUCAUAAAUAUAUCUGACUGUGUCUAAUUCAGUUAAACCCUUAAGCUUGUUCACCAGUUAGUCACUAACUUCUUCUACGUGCUGUUUGGUUUAACUUUGGGUUGAUGAUUGGGAUCUUUUUGUACCAACAUGUCACAAAAAAAAUCAUCUUUAGACACUAAAAUGCUACUUGGAGUAAUUAUUCCCAGUAAAGUCAUGUCUUUCAUUAAUCGCACAAAAUAGUUUGUAGAUAAAUAUUGAUUCUUACAGCUUAAAAAAAUAGAAAAUUUCAACUUUCGUCACUUCACAAGCAUAAUAGGGUUUUAUCACCCUUCAAAUCUGCCACACGCAUUAAACUGUUGUCACGGCUCUUUUUGUCUGGGCUGUUCAAAGCUUCCUGUGCCACAGAAAUGACUUAGAGGUUUAUCCGAGUGGACUUGUUAUUCUUAAUGAGUCAUUGAAUGUUCUACUUGAAGCAAAUCCAGCGAGUAUGACCUGUAGUUGCCGGGCCGUCCGCAGGCCUGUUGUUUUAAAGCUUUGCUGACUAAUAAAAGAAAAAGUAUUGGUUUUGCUGUCAGGCGGUCCUGGAGGGGGCACACGCUGGUGAAAGGAGGAGGGGGGGUGGGGGGGAGCCCUGGUCAGCUGACGAGGAGCUCACUCACUAAAUGAACAUUGGCUGUAAUACGACACUCGCUCCUGCCAUGCUGCUUCUGCGCCUGGUAAACAAACGCCGCCCUCUGACCGGAAACACCUCUGCUUCUCUCUCCCCCCGCCGUUUCUCUCGAAUUAAACCAGAUUAAGCAGGCUUGUUUGGUAGUGAAAGGAUGGAGUAGGUGAAAGGUUAGAGGGUUAUCAUGAGGACUUGAGUUCAAAUAUCUAGGUGACCCUGCCCACUUACUGGGAUUGAUUUGAACUUGAUCUCUGACUCUGUUCACUUGUCCGUCACUCCUCUUUAUUCAGAAUAAAUGUGAAUUCACUAUGAGACAUUUAGCUUUGAAUAUCUGGACAACAAUACAAACAUUUGGCACAUUGUGUCGGUAUCGUACUUUUCCAGGAUGCAUGCCUGCUCUGUGAAGAGGAGAGUAGUUCACUUGGCAGCCCACUGGCCCCAUUCUGUAUAAAGACCAGGACAGUUUGUACCUCUAAUGUUGUGUCCCCAGCCUGUGUGACUCACUCCCCUGGUCAGUGUGCUUAUUUGAUCCUUUUGUUGUUUAGCCCCUACGUUCACACACGCACACACACAGAGGAGAGAGACGCCAGUACAAUAUUUAUGCCUGAAGAAGAUGUUAAAUUCCCGUAAAUCUAGAAUAGAAUAAACAAGAAGAUUAACUGUUUGCAGGAAGUGAGGAGAGGCUAGUUUUUCUCUCUCUCUCUCUUAGGAGAGGGAACACAAUGUGCCGCAGGGAUCCUAUUACAACCAUGUUUAUCACUCCUCCUGCACUGAUUGGUGGACAACACAUAGGAAGGAAUCCCGCCUGUCUGCCCCCCACCAAUGAGGCCUCUCUGCUGUAUUCUCAAUGUGUGGGUCACUUACUCAGUGUGUUGCCAAGUAAUGUGCAUGUGCGUGGGCUUGCAUGCGCACUCAGUGUGACUGUGUGUGCGUGCAUGCGUGCGUGCGUGUGUGUGAGUGUGUGUUUGCUCAGGCUCAGUGGAUCGUAGUUCCUGGAAGAAAACCUGAGUUGCUGAGAAUUUUGCGAUGGCUCACAAUAACAAAUUCCUGAAAACGGCCUGUGACGGGAACUCACCAAUGAGAGAGGACCUUCUUUUUAGGAGUGAGGGGUCACUGUUUGAGGAAGUGGGGAUGUGGACGGCUAAAAGGAGGAACUGGAUUUUUUGGGGGGAGGGGGUUGGGGGAUUGUUGUCAAACCAGUACCAUCACGAGUUCAAUCAUGCUUUUAUUGUCUAUCUGUCAAGUCUCACAUCAGGUGUCUAGAGAGGUUUUUCAAGUUCAGACAAGUUCUGAUAAAAGAGAAAGUGUUGAUAAAUUCACACCAUGCAACUGUAUUCAUGUUGAAUAUUUAAACUGAAAAUGCCUUUUAGCGAGACUAUUAUUCAAGAAAAAAUGGUAAAAAUGAUAUGAGGCGGUAGAAAAUGGAGUUAAGAUCAUGCCUGAGUUAUGAUUUCAGACUCGAAGCUUGUAAAUUUAAAUAAUAUUUUUACUUGUUUUGACAAAAACUGAACUUUUAGGCGCCUUAAAUAUAUAUUUAUUUUUGCCAUUUUGAUUUCCAACCUGUACUCAGUGCUCAUACAAGAAAAGCUUUUUAACUAAUACUCAAAGCAGACAUACUGCCAAAAGUGAUGAAAGGCUUGAUAAAUCCUGUUUCCACAAAAAAAAAUACCCAACCAAAAUAAAACGGGCAUUUUCCAUCUGGAUUAUCAUUCCUAAUCCAGAACGAGUGUGUCAGUGUCUGUGUAUGCAGAUAGUCUGCUCUCUGUUGGCACCGCGUUUUAUUUUGGACUCUGAACAGCAUCAAUCAUUGUGCGGUGCGGUGAGGCUUCCUGACAACAGACUGCAGGCCAGGACUCACACAAACAUCAAGAGAGCAGGUAACAUCGCUGUCUCUCUCAGUCUGCCUGAAACAGAUCAUGAGAUGCCUAAAAGAAUUAACAAAACAUCAAUAUUUGCGUACCUGUAAAUGGGAACAGGUAGUGGUGUUGUGGCUGUGACACUCGAAGCAGACAGGAAGAGGCGCAACUUUAGCUGCGAACAAACAAAAUCUGGAGCUUUUUGCACAUUUGCAUCAAGGAGUGGAUGUGUUGACAAAGCCUCGAGAGUGUAACUGCUGCGAAACAAUCAGUAAAUAAUGUCUAAACUUGUGUCAUCAGUGGCACGCUUUCUCGACUUCUCCUCUAUCUUGGUUGAGCUUUAAUUACGUUUUGAUACCAACAGAGAUAAUAUCAUUAAAAUACAUGAGAUACUGUGAAGUUUUGAAGCUUUCAAAGAUUUGACAACCUCAUUUGAAAGUGAGGAGUGAGGUCUUGAAUUCUUUACUUGGGCUCAAGUAUUUCAGCAGAAUAAAAAGACAUGAUUCUUGCCAUGCGGUACAUUCCUAAAGGUGGUGUUUUUUUGUAAAACUAACAAGUCUCCUCACCUUUCUUAACAUUUUAGAGGUUUCGCCCAAUCGGCUUAUCAGUCAUAGAGGGAAAUAUGUUGAAGAUAGGGUAGCUGUAGCUUAAGGUGAAUUUUUUCGCUUGAGAGGGUUCAUUUUAGGACAGGAGCCUGUCAGUCAUUCCAACUGUUAGAAGUACUUACUUUUUUUUCUUCUUCUUCUUUUUCUGCUUUGAAAGUAUCUGAGCAUGUCUGCCUUUCAAGAAUGAUAUUUUUCCUGAGGCCUUUUUCUUCUUGGACUUGGACAAACAAAGUGUCCCUGGGUUGAUAAAUACCGUUCAUGGUUCAGGUCUGCUCACUCUGCUUUACAUCUUGAACUCAUGCACUUGUGUUUACAGCUAUGCAAACACAACACCUACAGAAAACAGUUUUGUACGUUCAACUUUUUUUUUGUUGCGCUUACAAGAUGUGUGAAGGUCUGAUUGUGGAUUAUGAGUUCAGCAAACAACUGAGAAUAAUCUUGGUUAAACCCUGAUCACAGCCGCAGAAAGCCAAGUCAGGAAUGUUAUUUAGAUAUCCAUUUCCAGGUCUCUCAGGACAGACACAGACGGACGCCGUGUUUACCAACAGAGGACAUUUAUAGGUCCAAUCAGGUGGUUGAAAACAGUCUCAAAACUUUCCCAAUGUCUGGGUUGUGCGCAUGCAUGCACAUGCAUGAUGGGCACGCUGACAGUCCUCCUACUCCUCCUCCUCCUGUGUUUUUUUUAUUACUCCUCCUACUCCUCCUCUUCUUUCCUGGCCGUUGCUUGUCUCACCAGAGGAUAUGAACUGUACUGUUUACUCUCCAGGCUGGUACAGGGCUGUGUCUGGGCUUGACUGGUGUAGAUACUGAAAGCCCAUAGCAGCAGCUCUGCAGUCUGUAGGAGCGGCAGAGCGCAGAACUACACAGCAGUUGACUGCCGCACCACUUUGUAGGCUAAAGGUCUCUUCUGUCAGCAGCAGCUUGUCAAACCGGCCUCCAGCAUUAACACCUCUGAAUGCUGGUGCUGAGGUCUUAACUGUGUAUACAAGGACCUUGUGUCACUGGGAGCUGUGGUGGUCAGAUACUAAAAAUUAUGAAGUGUAAAACUUGUUGAAUAUUUGGAAACAAAUAUUAAUCUGUCAGUUUGAUCAAAAGGAAUAUUUCAUCUAUGUAUGUGAAAGGAAGUAUCAGGUUUCAAACCUGAAUGUUUGUAGUCUCGUUUUUUUUUUUCAAUCAGUUGUCAAAUAAUUUGUUCUUGUUACAGUCAGACUAUGAUACAGGUGCAAACAAGGACAACAGCAGCACACAAAAAAGUCAGCCUGAGGUUUAUUUACAAUCUGGUGGUGGGUUUACUGUCGAACUGGAGAUGUUGGGUCUUUCCAUAUUUCCAACAACUUUUCAAAACUCUUGUCUGCGUAUGAAUUAGAUCUUAAAGCGUAAAGUGUCCGCCUCGUUCUCCAGGGAGCCUUCAGUUUUCUGUGUCUCUGAGUGGCCAUUUUUUAAUUUAAUCUUAUUUUUUUAAUGAAAUAAAAGCAGAAAAAUUUGUUUCAUCAGAAUUUCUUCAAAAUAAAUAAAAAAGGCGGGAAAAAUAUACAUAUCACAAGGUACAUUUUAUAUAUAUAUACACAUUAACAUAGGGGAAAACAAGUGUCUUUUAUUGUGAUGUUGAACAAAGAGUGUUUUCAUCUUGAGAGGGAUGUAACAAACUCAAAGUGUCCUUAUGGUCCAAUAAACAGCUUUAUGCACAGCUGUAAAAAGCCCUCACUGGUGUUUUGCAUCAGGUAAGAUGUUACUUGGGGAUCACUAAUAAAUAGGACAUAUCGUCUGUUGAGAAACACACCCUUUCAUGAAACUCUUGUGCGAGCUUUUACCGCUGCCUCUUACAUCACUGUGGUUAACAGUCUGGUGAAUGUUUAUAUGAUUUGGAAGGACAGCUUAUCUCCAGAGAUCGUAAUAAAUGAAAUACCAACAUAUUGCUGUCUCCAUGUUUAAGAGGAGUGAUCAAUUCUGACCUGCAGGGUUAGAAAGGACAGUAAAACAUGUUUUUUCUUACACUUAUUCUUCAUGUAACUAUGACAACUAAAAUUGCAGAUACGCAGACAUGAUCAAAACUAUCAAAGUGUGUUUUCUUUGAACUUUGUCUUACACAUUGUUUAAAUGUCAGUGCAUAAGACUUGUGUACAAACUGUGUGUUAUUUUUGUUUCUCCCCAGGCUUUGUGUGCUCGUCCAGGAUAGCUAUGGGAUGUUCAGUGAGGUCCAGCUCCACCUCUUGCCCUGCAAAGAUGACCUCCACCAGUACAUCCACAUGUGGGAGGGGAGGACCUGUGUGCUCAGAGGCAUCAAAGUGGUGCAGCGGGUCACUCGAGAAAGGUGAGACCUGCGCAGUCCUCCAUCUCUUUAAGCCUCUGCUGCUCCCCCCCCUCUAUUUCAGUUCACAGCCAUGGGUAAACUUCACCAAGGUUGUCUUAUCUUAUCUCGACUCUUAGCCCUGGGUUAAUGUCGGUGAUAGACAGGUACUGAUAGGGAAUGCUAUUAAAGAAACCUCAGUGCAGCCACUUGCCUUAAAAGCUCUGAGCCUGGAGCUAAAUGAUAAAGCACAUGUGGAUUGAUGGUUUUUGAGCCUUAUGUGUGAAAUUCCAGUUUUGAAAAACCACAGCGAAUUCCCCGUUUUUGUCCUCGAAUGCCCCUCUCGAACAUCAACACCCACACUGACAGCACAAUGAGAUUUUAAUGUGAGCUCAUAUGAACUUGAUUAUGCUGCUCAGCCAGCAGUGCAGCAGUGUUUACAUGUAAGGUGAUACUGAGGUGCAUGCUCUGUGUCCCUGCGUGAGUUUCCAUAGUCAGGAUCCCAGAUUAGAAGCAGUUAGAUGAACUGACAUGGGAACAUUUAGAGACGGGGCUGGGGGUAUGUUUACAUCUCUGGUAUUUUCAAUGCCACCACAGCCUAUAAUGUCACAGGGGGUUGUCUGCGGUCGAAGUGUGAUGGGAUAUCUUCAGUUCUUGCACAUGGGCUGUCCUAUACUCUCAACUGGAAAAACACGUGGGUCUGGUUGGGGUAGACACUCAUUUUUAGCCCCUCUGUUUCUGAGAAUUAGUAAAUAUUGGGCUUAAAGACAUACUACUAAAAUGUACACCUCAAACUGCUUCAAAAAUGAUAGUUUGAUUUUUUUAUGAUACGAGAUUAGUAAUUAUGAAACCACAAAAAGGAGAGUAUUACAAAUAAAGGGGAAAUAUCUAGCUCGGCUCUGUCCAAUGAAGACAAAAACCUAUAAGGCUGCCGGUUAACCUGCCAGUUGAUUAAUAAUAACUUUAUUUUUAUAGCACUUGUAAAAACAGAAGUUUACAUAGUGCUUCGACAAACAGUCGUAAACACAGAACAUCAGCACAUGGAAAUUAAAACAAAUAAAAAACAAAAGCUCAGUUAAAAACAAGACCUCCAAAUUGAAGGCCAAUUUCAUUUGUCAUAAGGAACCCAAACAAUACAGGAACCCAUCAACAUAAAGAGCGACCAUGAGGACCAAAAUAAAAACAUAAAACAGGUAAGAAAAAGAAAUGUAAUAAAAAAGGGGGGUAGAUAGCAGGAAACAGGAUAGUACAUAUAAAAAGAGUUCAUAAAAAAUAAUAAUGAUGGUAAUAGUAAUAAUAAAAUGAGCAGGAAAGAACAAUAAAAUCAAUAAAAGGCCAAUAAAAGAGGUUAAUAAGUAAAAGAUUAUAAGUAAAACAAAGGCUUUAAAGACAGUAAGUUGAAAUAAGAUAGAGGUCAAAGAGAAAAGAUAGCAUCACAUAAAAGCAAGAAUGUAUCCAGAGUAAGGAUUUCUGAUACUUUGGUCGUAGUUUUUAUUGGAACAAUACCGUUUCUCUCAUUUCUGUUUCAAUAUUGUCAAAAAGUGCCAAAACCUUCAGCUAGAGGCUUCAGCGAGCGAACAAAGGUGAGAGAGCAAGCAGCGGCCGUCGACUGUCUUAGGAACACAUUAAAGUCAGAGAGUGCCGGGAAAGUGAACCACAUGGCAAAACUGCAACAUAAGAUGUUAUUUUUCUUAUUGUUUCACAGAAAUUACUCUCUCUCAGGGACCUACAAAGGCCACCACGCCCCCUCACAAACAAGCAGGAAGGUCCUGGAUUUGCUUCGUUUGCAGCUUAAGUCGCACCUCUUCCAGUUGCUGCGUCUCUCGGCCAUGUUUGUGUACCGUCACAGUCACUACACCGCUGACUCUCCUUAGUCAUCGGUUUGCAAACAUUGAUUUCUCGUUAACUCAUUUAGCAUCUAAUAAAAACAUACAUCACGUGCGUGUCUGGUAUGGACAGACAAAAGAGAGAGAGAGAGAGAGAGACCAUGUCCCUGUAUGUUUUCUAUUGGAAACCUGAAUAUCUUACAUAGAAAUGGUAUCAACCACAGUUUUAAAAGUCUUAGUCCAACUCUUGUGUGAGUGGUGCGUCAGAUCAGUUCUGUCUUUACUGUAAGAACCCCAGCUCUUAUUUUUAAAAAAAGAGAAAUUCACUGAUUAAAUCGUCGUAGAAACAUCUAAAGAAGCACUAAGAUUACUCUCUAUCACUCCGAGCUGAGUAAGUCCUGUUCGUUUUGUCAUUACCCACCUCCAUGUAGGCGUCACUGGACUUGAACAGGCUGCAGAACCAGUUCCACACAAAGAAACCCUGUGAUUACAGGCUGACUAACAGGUUGUUAACCACUGGCUGAUAUUACAGCACUCAUGGAUGAAUAAGAAACAUUGACCGGCCACCCCUGAACUCAACAAAUACUUCUCAGAAAAGAGACGAUGAAUCAAGAGAUUGACAUGUCUCCUCCUGCUGGAGCCGAUGCUUGAUGGUUUUUUCCCCCCUUUUACUCAUAGCAUCGUCGCUCCUGGUAUCAGUGUAGAGAUGAAACUUGGGCUCAGCAGGUCGUGUAUGAUCUGUCUGCAGUCUUUCAUUACUGAGAUUAAGAGUGUGAUGAAAGGAGAUAAAUGACACUUUAUAGGCUCUGGUAGCUAAAAUCCCUUGUAAUUGGCUUUUUAAACCUUGUUAUUUUUGCACCACAAUGAUAUUGUGAUUUACAUAGGGUGUGAGCGCUGUUCCCACCCUUCAGUAUCUCUGAACCUGCUUGUAAAAACAGUUUUUUGUGUGUAUGUGCUCUGCCAGCCCGAGCAUGCUCCCUGUUAAUGCUAAGUGACGUUAAACCAAGCUCUGUCUUAACAGAUUCGUGUUUCACUGGAAGUGAAACUGGCUCUCUGAGGAUUCUCUUCAAUUCCCUUAUUCACACGUUUCUCCUCCUUUCACUGCUUUUCAGCGCCCCCCCUCCCUCCCUCUUCUCCCUCCUCCUCACUCUUUUUUUUUCUCCCCCUCACUCUUAGGCGCUGCAGGCUUUUCAGCUUGAUAGACAGUCUGUGGCCCCCAGUGAUGCCUCUUAAAGAUCCUGGAAACACAUCCAACAUGUCCACUGUAAGUCUUUGCAUGGUUCAGGGAUAUGUUUUAAGUUUAGAAUUGGAGCAGUGUUGACGCUGCAGAUUGAGUAUUGACAGAAAUAUUGUGAGGAGCUUCUUGAAGCCUAAAGGUGUUGAUAUCAAUCAGAAAGUUUUCUCCGAGCAAAAUUAGGAACUCACGCUAGAUUUUGACUUUAAACAGAAAUGUACUGAUAAUAAACACAUCCAGAAAGAUCAUAGUGUGAAACCAAUUGUUCUCAAGCGUCACGGUUCUGCGGGUGCAACACCGCAACUCGCCAAAACAAUCAGAAGGACAAAAGGCUGUAAAAUAUAGAAAAACAUAUUCAUGCAUUUGACAGCUGAACAAUGCUGACAAGCAAUAAAACACGAUCAAACUGACUUACUCAUCAAGUUGACCAGAAGUAUUUAGCAGAACAAAGCACGCUGAAACAAAAACUGAGAAAAAAAAGGGAAACACUGCUUUGUGUUAUUGUUUUUUUUUUUUUUUAAUCUUUGAUCUGGUGAGAAAAGUGGUCGAUUCGAAGACUUUUGACUUGUUGAGAAGACAGUCCAGUUACUAGACAGUUUAUUUUCUUUUUCUCGCUUCUUCAGAUUCAGUUUUCUGAUUUUGUCUUAAUAGGAAUGCAGACCUGCCGGCCCAGCUCCCAGUUUCUGCUACCUGCUGUCUGGUCAGGAGAGCUCAGUUGAACCAUCUGAGGAGAAAACCGCGUCCCCGGUUUACCUCCCCCACACUAGACAAACACUGCGAGACAUACUGCAGGUGAACGGUUUCUCACUCACAUAAACACACUCUCACACCCACUCACGUAGAAGAUUUUCGAGAUUGCCGCAGAUCUCGAUUGCUUAUCUUGAGUAGGUUCAUCUCAAACUUGUCUUUUUUUUCUCUCUCUCUGUCUUUUCAGAGCGGGAUUAAAAGCCGUCGCUGCAGUUUCGUCGCAACUGUUCUAUACAAGAGAACUCUGCAGGUGCUUCACUCUUUUUUCAGAUUUCUUUCAAAGUCUGAUUUAUCUGAAGUUCUGUCCGAAGUGCACAUUAAAAAAAGUCCUGCAGAGCUCUGCGGUCAUGCUUCAGAGAUCAUUUGACAAACUGAUAAGUGAGCUCUGACGCAGAGAGCGGCGUUCAUAUCGCUGUGUGUCUGACAAUCUGUGUGAGGCCCGGCGUUCUUCAACAUCGAUUGGUGUGACCUUUAAACUUUGACCAAGAUGAGAUAGCAGCUCUGAACAGAGGGAUGGACUUUGCCACGUGCUCACACCACAUUUCCAUGGUGCUGUUCUAGUAACCAGCAUUACAUGUCGCCUGUUUAAUGUUUAAUCUCAAAAGAAAGUGUUUCCUCUGAUUCUUUGAAAAGCACGAUCAUUUCCACGUCCUUUUUUUUGCGUUGCAGGCUUUUGUUAUCUAAUGUUUCCUCUUUGCUGCUUCUUUUUAGGUCACUCUACGUGCUUCUCACUUUGUAAUUUUGCACUUUUUUUACCUUUCUAUUUCUAUUUCAGAGCAGUGAUGUAGGCCAGGGUGAGGUUUGGUUGGUGCUGACAGACCCCAGUCUUCAGGAGGAGCAGCCUGAGAGGCCCUGUCGACGAUCAGUGGCCCUGUGUGUAAACACUUCCUGUGUGCUCACUUCCUCUGUCCUCAGAGCCCUCAACUCCCCCGCUGCCUGUCGCAUGUCAUUCAGAGAUGCCAUCGUAGAACAUGGUAGAGCCUUAUUUUCAUAUGAUAUGCCAUCCAAAUAUUACAGUAUUAAGGGUUUUAUCUCACACAGGUGCUGAACUUCUUAAUUUUAACAAUUUUCCUUGCGAGCUGCACAAAAGGACAACAUUUUUACCCAGAUUUUAUUCUGGCUUUAUGGUCAAAUAUUUACAAGAAAUCAUGGAGCCAGUGCGUGAAAUCUGCGGGUAAAAGUCAGGAAAGUCACAGAGAGGGGCGGAGUAACAACAUUCACACUAAGCAAAGUUUGCACAGUCUACCGUGCCCCGCACGCCCCUAUAACCACACAGAGUGUAUGAAAGUGUAAGAGCACCUGCGGCAGAAAAACACUGAUUGUUGUCAUUUUUGUUUGAACCUUAAAAAAUUAAGGUCUGAAAUUAUCCUGAAAUUUUCUGGAGUUUGUGUUAAACUGGCUGAGGUGCAAUUGUCACCUUAAUAGAAGUGGGAAGUAUAUAGAUAAUCUGAGGUACUUGAGUGUCCACUUUUUGUUACUUUAAACAUGUACUUUGUUAGAUUUUUUACUGAAAAUAUUGUAUUUUUUACCACUUAUGUGACAGCUUUUGUUACCUGCAGUUGUGGAAGAACUACUCUGAACUUUAUUAUUCAGUAAAAGAGUGUUAAACCAAGUAGAAAUAAUAUAAAUGACAGUGUGACCAUGUGUACAAUGUUGUUCUAGUCUUAUACCUACACAGAGGUAUCACCUAAACCUGCGCUUUUUAACACUCCACAUGAGUUUCAGCUCACUGAUGAGCCAUCCGCUGACCCAUUUAUCAUGAUAACAGCUUUUUGUCAGGGACUGAGUUCACGUGAUCAACACAACACUUCCAAACAGCAGACGGUUACAAACAAGUUGGUUAACAUUGUGAAGCAUUAAACAGCUGAAAAGCGACACGGCUCGCUCAGAACUGGGCCGCUGUUGCUCUCUUAACUGCUGUCAUUAAGCAGCUGUUUGUUAAUAAAUGGCAGUGUCGAAGUAAAACGCAAAAAACAUGUCAAAAGUGCUUCAAACUGGCCCUCAAAAACACACCAUGGAUUUAGUUAUGCUGUGCUUGUGAGCAGCAUUUUACUGAUUUAGCAGCUUGGCAGGGAGCUUGUUUUCUCAAUGAGACAGUCAGUUGUUUAAAAGUUGCACAGCAGUUCAAACCAACAAAAGAUCACAGGUAAAAUCUGAAGGCACAUAUAGUUUCUUAUGCUUGUAGUCCAGUGCUUCAUCUGUUCUGUUCUCCCCAGAGAUUUAAAGUUGUUGUGCUUUCACUCUCACUCCACACAGAGUUGAGACAACGCCUGAAUUUGUAUGCAAAUGAACUGAUUUAUGACCUUUUGAUUUCUCUAACAUGCAAAUCCAGGUGUUCUCCUGUGUGCGGAGAUGUCUGUUGUCGAGAUCUAUUCUGUGGAUCCUAAAGGCAACCUUGAGUCCUCCUCAGCCAGGCCGGAGUCACUUUCACAGUCGCUGUCAGAGCCCUGGGCAAAGACCCUGCCCCAACCUGUGAGACUGGAUCCUCUGAGUCCUGAGAUCACACCCAACUCCCUCUGCUCCCUCUCAGGUCAGUCCUCCUCCCCUCUCUCUCUCUCUCUCUUUGAGCGCUGUGGUUUCCCUGUAACUCGCUUCCUCUGAACAAUUCCUGCAGAACAUGCCCGAUGUGGUAUUUUCUCAGGGGAAGAAAACCACUUGUUGUUUUUGUUUCAUCUACAAGUUUACAGCUCAGCAAGAGGUCUUGAUGUGGCUUCAAGGCAUCGCUUUCUGCUGUUUGUUAUUCAGUGUCCUCGGGCUGUCAUUGUUCAGUACUUUAUGAAAUAAAAACACAUGAAAUUUUGUUGGAUUUUUCUCAAUUCCCAUGACAUGUUGCGGUGAAAUUAACAUGCCUGCUCUGCAUAAGGCUUUUAUUAUCAGAGGAGGAUACAAAUUUUGAGAUUGUAGGAACAUAAUGUUGUUUUACUGAAACCUCACUUAUAGUGGAUUACUUUAUUAGGAGUCUUUUUUCAUUACAAGAUACAACAGGUCGACACAGAACAGGUCGAUAAAGAUUAUUGCUUUGCUGUUUUUAGCCUGGGCUGGUUUAAGUUUACAGCAGAUGUUCUUGUGAAUAAUUGCGUUUCUUUCUUUGAUUCUAAGCAGUUUUGGUGCAGAACAAAGCAGCUCAAAAUCAGACAGAAAUCUGCAUCUGUUGACUGGAGGGCAAAGAUCACACUGUGAACCCUCUUGUUUCAGGCCCCUCUGGCCUGACAUGUUUGGUCAGGUGGCUGAAAAUAAAUAAAACAACUUCAUUAUCUUUUGUACUCGUGCGCAGAUAAAAUAUUCUGGAAAUUACCCCUAGAAAAAAAAAAAAGGCUGAAACCGGAAUGUACUAGAUCAAUUUACCGCAGAUAAAUUUGGUAUCUAAAUUUAAGUAUCUCCAUAGUUGAGAUAGGAUGUUUUUGUUUGUUGGUUGUUAUGUGAGAUGGUGUGAAGGCAAGGAGCACUCUGCGGCAUUUAUCACCUCCAUCGCAGAUAAAAAUGAAAGGGAUGUGUGUUUAUCUCUUCCACCCUGUCACAAACUUUUCACACUUUGAAGCCCCUGAUGAAGAUGAUCUUAAUUUUCAGUUUCUCACAGUUAAGGAUCAUUAUUAUUGCACAUUUGACAUACACCAGUUGAAGUGAGCAGAAAAACAUGAUCAUUGAAAAACAAUCCAAAAUAGUAAAGUUUGCAGUUUUCCUUCUCAGAGGUGUUUGUAACAGUUUCACACUUUGACGUCUUCCUGCAGGGGUGAUAGUUGGCGUAGAUGAGAGCACCGCUUAUUCCUGGCCCGCCUGUAACCACUGUGGGAGCGACAACCUAGAAAAGUCCUCCGAAACUCAGUGAGUUCUCAAGCUAAUGCGAAACAGCUGAGCGAAAAACAUAAUGGCAAAUCAUAACUUUUUAUGUUCUGCAUUAUCUCUCCCCAGUCAGAACUUCCACUGCGUUUCCUGCAAGGCAGUAGUGGACAAACCUGACAUGAAGAUUCAACUGGAGGUUUUGUUGAGCUCUUCAUUAAGUAACUGCACUUUGAAGGUUAAGGUGAGAACAGCAUUUCAAGGUUUUUAAAUGAGCAUUUCCACACCUGUACGUCUAUUUAGUGCAGAGUCGUGUAAGAAAAUCAGCCCAUUAGCUCACCUUAGCUUAACAGUAAGACUGAAAACAGGGUGUAGCAGUUCGCCCGGCCUUGUCUAAAGAGCUUCGGAGGUGUUAGUGGGAUUAUUUUGGAUGCAUUCAGUUCGUAACAAAACUCAACAAACUCCAUCAAUACCAUCCAUUUUGUGUUUGAAGUAGAAAUAAAGAAAAGUCAGUGAAAGAAUAUUCAAUAUCCCCCUCAAACAUGAGUAGAGGAUGCAUAAAGAAAGCUGUUCAUUGCAUGUGCAUCAUGAUAUCAGUUUUGAUACUGAAACCUGCAGUGGCAGAGAACUAAGUCAGACAAAUUGAUAAAAUAAUCAGCCUUACCUCUUAUCUCUCUACUGAUAAUGCCAACCCUAUCUAUUGGUCUAUUAGUCACCAGUAAAAGCACACUAUGUCAGUGUAACAUGAGUUAUUUUGGCUGACAACUAAAAGUUAUUAAUGCCUCCGCACCUUUUUAUAUCUUUUACAGCUGCAGCAAAACACGAUCAUGUCCAUCUUAAACUCCGCAGCGCUCGAGGGUACUGAAGUAAGUUUGCCUUUACAAACAGUUACAUAACCGAGGGCCUGGACGACUCGGUGCAUUGAUCUUCUGUCAAUAAGUCGUAAAAGCACAGUCAUCUGUUCGUGUCAUCCAGCUCUGUACUGCACACUCAGAUCCCUGAGUCACUCUGGUCAUCCACACAAGCGAAGGAAUUUUCUCUCUGAAUAAAAAGAUGUAAUCCUUCAACACCUGAAGCUGAAAGAGAUUUCUUUUUUCGCACUUUUGCACUCUGUGGGUAUUAAUCUCUGUUCCAACCUGCAGGUGGCGGUCUUUUUCAUAACCUUGGCAAACACAGUCUUGUUUACUUUUUAUGCAUUAAUGCCCCUCUCCAGGGGAGGUCAUAAGUGCAGAAUAAAUCGUUAGAUAAACACUGCUAACCCGGCGUGCAAAGGUUGAAGGCUUUAAGUGCUCAGACAUAAUUAGAUUAGAAAAUAUCUGUGAUUAUUUGGACGUACAGAUUAGUUAUCAGCCUGAAAGAGUCUAAAUAGUUAGUAAAAUAACAUGCAAGGUGUGAGUUUUUUGAUGGACUUGAUCUGUUUCAGUGUCUAGGCUACGAUGUGGAGAAUGUCCUGGGAAAAGAAGUGGGCCCCAUUGCUGCGUUUGUCCGAGUGGUCACCAGGAAACCUGCCCUCUGGAUUGGCCUGGAGGAAAUCUGCCUCUGGGGCGACCGUCAGGACAAGUCAGCUAAUGAUAUCAAUCCUCGGGCUUCAGCUGGCUCCACGGAUCUGCACACCAGGCCUUGCUCUGCGCAGCCUCCUGUGUCCUCAGCCCCCCUCAGAAGGCCUCCCUGACAGCUUGAGGCUGCGCUGAAGCGAACGAGACUGUAAGAAGACAAGGUCUUGUUUGUGUUAAUCAUAUGUGAUCUUGUGGAGCAGGAGUUGACAGCCCAAGGGCAGACCAGUGGCAUGCAGUCUGUCAAAGCAGCCCACGUGGUUCAUCAAGAGGUUGUGACUUUGUGAGCUGGACUUUUGUCUUAAAACAUGUUUUCUCUGUGCUCCUAAAUAUCUUCUUCAAACUCAUCUACCUCUGUGUGUAAGAUUUUCGUCGCUGUCAAUAAAGUUGUAUUUUUGCUGACUUAGCUC